GACCAAGCAUGCUUCUGAGUGAAGGAGUACUGCACCAAUUGUACCGUCAUCAAACCUUUUUGUCUUGCUGCCGCCGUUUUACAGUGUCAUUCCGUCCUGAAAUGAAAUGAGAUCCUUCCGAAUCAUUUCUUCCCGGAAGUCCGAAAGUGCUCUUGUUGGCAUCCAUGGUCGAUCUGCAUUGUCAGUUGAGACGGAUGAAAACAGAUUGGAGAUUCAAUCUGCACCUGCUGUGGUGACGCUGGAUUUCUCAGAUAUGCAGGGAAUCUGUCGAGGCUUCAAAGCCGAUGUAGAGAUGUCUCGUUCUUCGAGCGACAGCGUGCUGCAGGACCGCAGCUUGCUAGAGUCAUGGUCUGCCGGUCAUGAUGCUGGUGGCAUUGCGCCGAGCGGUGCACGCAGUGCACGGCAGAGCGGUUUACAAUUUAAUGCGUUCGCUCUGUCGCGAGCAAUCCGCAAGAAAUGGCGCCAAAGAACGAUUCGCAGCGUGCUAUUACGCAUAGAUUCAAUCCCAGAACAAGUAGAGGGCAUGCUCUCACAGACAGCUAGUGAUUUGAGUAUGCAGGUGGACGGGGGUGUUGUUUUAAUGCAAGACCGUUUGCGUGAGGCCUCUCGUGGAGAGCAGGUGGCAGAGACUCUGGAAACUCUCGAGAUGCUUCCCAGGCACUUUGCCACAUCCGUAGAGGCCAACUUGAUGGACGCAGCUGCUGUUUUGCGUCAGACGGUUUCCAGUGUGACUGCAGAACUUGGUGCUAGAGAUUUCGAGGGCGAAGAUAUUGUGCAAGAGAUUCAAGUGAUUCCCCAAAAGGUUCGAGAAAUUGCCGAUGAAGCGAUCUCACGUGCUGUAAACGCAUCUGUAGAGGAAUUGCACCAGCAGCUUGAUGCCGCGCUGGGAUUUGGCCCAGGCUCGAGUGCUGUGCGUGAGAAGGAGCUGUUGCAACAAAAGCUGCUGGAGCAGCUUCCAGUGGUUGUAGAGAAGAAGAUCACAGCUACUGGUGAAGUGGCAGAGGACAAGAUUGUCGAUGCCGUUGCAGAUUUGAAAAGUGAAUUUGUUCCGAAUCAUUGGAUCAUGGAUGCCCUGUUGAGAGCCAAGUCUGAUGGAAUGCCUUCGGACGUUACGGAGGCUCCGGAGGCUCCGGAGGUCGCAGAAGACGCGGAAGAUGCGGCAGUGGUGCCAGACGUGCCACACGAGAUAGGCAGCAGGAAGCUAUGCAUCCAGACGCACCUUGCAUCGCAAGAUGAUGGUGAUAAAAUGGACGAGAUUGAACAUAGCAGAGCUGAUCAGACGAUGCGAAUGGACAUGAAUCCAGGCAGCUUUGGACAUCCUGAAAUGUGCACGAGACCGUGCUUGUUCUUUGCAGCAGGUGAGUGCCAAAGCAGACAGAACUGUGAUUUUUGCCACCUGCCGCACACUCGACGGCCUACCCAUUUGGACAAGCGGAACCGUGAGCUCUUGCGAAGUCUAUCAAGUGAUGAACAGGUCGCCACAAUCCUCCCGAUUUUAUUUGAAAAGUUGAAGAAGCACAACCCAUCGAGCUUGCAACUGCUUGUAGAGCUAGAAAGUCUUACAAGUUCAGGUGCGCUGGAAGCCAUGAGUACCACUUCUGUUGGAAGCCAGGGAAGCCAAAAGCAACUUGCACGAGGAGAGCGGUCUCUGAAAAGUGCUUUGCGCGCAGUGACUUUACGAUCUUUGCUUACAAUGCUCCUGCGUAUGCUUCCUCGUGAUCACUUGAAGCAACGCCAUGUGAUUGAGGCACUGAUUCAAAGCCUCAGAGAACCCUGAAGAACUUGCUUUCACCCAAUCUAUCCAAAGCGGAAUGUCACCUGGCAUCCGGCCAAUUUGACGCGAAUGAUUUGACUCCACAGUUUCACCGAGACCAGAAAAAUUAUUGGCUAGAGCCAACAGUCCUAGCGUUGCAGC